UUGGAGCUUACAAAGGUCGUUUGUGCUAGGGCUGCCAUCUACUGCUUAGUUUGGUUGGAACGCCUGUGUCCUUUCCGUUAUGGUGGUAUGUGCGUCGUCCGACUACAAGCACCACGACUACCCUCAGCUGCUGGUCUACUCCGCGAGGCUUUCCGUGCGCAUCGGUCGUAGUGGUACCACGGUAAAUUCAGCCCUAUCAACCUAGCAUACAGAACGAGCGCUACCGACGAACCCCACUAAAGGCUGAUUACUGCACGGGCUUCCCGCUUCGUUAGGCUAAAGCUUGCGGCGCGCAUAACUGCAACCACUGCAACCUCGUUUGUCUUCCAGCAUUGCCGCCGCUGAAAGAUGUAGCAGACGAGCUUUAGCGUCGCUUCAAUCAUAUCGAGCUUCGGUGGGACCCUAGCAAGUGACAAGUAAUGAAAUUAGCCGAUCGGAUAUCCGCAGACUUUUAGUGGAAACACGCUGCCAACAUGGGCACUGUCUGCAUUGACGUCGAUUUGGACAUGAAGCCGAUGUCCCUCGACUUGGUGUUUCCCGAGGGUAUUGAAAGAGGUGGCAGAAUAAACUUCAAUUUUUCGAGGGCUCGGUUUGAUUCAGAAGAUCGCAGCGAUGCCUGCGGUGACGGCGUCACACAGUGGCGUCCUUUCGCAGAGACUUUCUUUGACGCGGCCUAUGCGCGCGAGAAAGUUCGCGUGUUUUCGGGAGGCAAGCCGAGCUCUUUCUGUUACGUCGACGGGCGACACGAGCCAAAUGAAGUCUUCGAUGACGCAGAGGUAGUGGAGAUACAAACUCAAGGUUGCGAAAUCGAAGUGGAGUCGGAGCUCCCCUCUCCUGCCGCGUCGCCUAUACCAGACCCGUGUUCACCCGAAAGUGCGAGUUCGCCUGAACCAGAGACAGUUGUCGGCAACCACCCGACUGCUGACACUGUGGACGCAGGAGGGUGCGCGAGUAGCACUGUGGACGAAGUUGACCUGACAGGUGACUCAAACGAUGCUUUUGAGAAGACGGCAGAUGCCGCUACUGAAGAUCACACCUACAUGGUCGGCCAAACUGGUGCCGUCACCAGUGCUGUUGGUAGUAAUGACGAUACCUCGACUCACAUAGUCAUUUCGAAUUCAACCGGACCUUCACCUGCGAACACAACUGUCAUUGCAAAAGAUUUGAACAUUGCCGAGAAUGUAACCUCAAAGCCUGAUACAGUUGGAAACAGCAGUGCAAAUGCUGCUGUCACUGCCAAGAAAAACACUGUCACUAAAGCGAUGGCCCUGUACUCUUGCUUGUAUUGCCGGCACAUAACACCAUGCAAAGAGACUGCAAUAGCACACUGCAAGCUUCAUACCUCGAGAAAGGAUCCUUUGCCACAGCAGACACUAAUAGGUGCAGCGUCAGUUAAGGCAGGAAAGGUUGUAGGGCCUACCUCACCAGACAAGGCCAAGCCCCAGAGAAACAAUACUAAACCACGUAUCGGAAAUGUGUUUUCUCUCACUAAUGAUAAGUUGUCUGUCAUUGCAACUGCAGCUAGUGCGUCAAACCUGACUGGAGAUGAAACAGCUCUGGGGGCGAAAGGUUCUAUUGAGACAACAGUCUUGCCCACGGUUCUCAACAUGCUUGCCUCUGUGUCACCAAAUGUUAAGCGCGUUGUCCUUAAAACUGGCCCCGUGCCACUCUCAGCAGCUGGUUCUCUUACUCCCAAAAAUAUCACAGCUGUUGUGAAGAGAGCUAUUGAGAGUAACAUAACAGAACUGAAGUCUGUCUCUUCUUCAUUUACACCAAAGCCACUCACGACAACACCAGGGAAGGGUUUGAAGCCAAUUGUGCUGCCAAAAUCGCUCGUAGAAUCGAAAAGCCCGAUCACCAAGCCUCCUCCUAAUACAAAAAUAGUGUUUAAGUGCUUCAAGUGUUCUCACGUUACUUUUGAUAAGCUUGUCGCCCUUAAGCAUCUCCAAGAGCACACAACGGCAGCACAAGAGAAACAAACGGAUAAAGAAAGCCAUUUGAGUGAUGAAUCUGAAGGUACAUCUGCUCCGGGCACACCUCCGGUGGCGGCUGGACCGGAAGCUCUAAAGAAGCGUUCCCUGCCUCUGACAGGAUCACAGCUGAAGCCUCUUGUUCAGCAGGUCGGUCGUCCCUCAAAAGCCGCAACGGAGUCGAUCAAAUACUUUGCAUGUACCAAAUGCAGAAAGGUUUACAAGAACAAGGCAAGCUUGAACAAGCACAUGGUGAAGCACACUGGAGAGCAGAAGUUCCACUGUGAGAUUUGUGACAGGCGCUUUCAGUUCAAGUCUGUGCUUCAGGUGCACAUGAAAGUGCACAACCGUGUCACCCCAUACAAGUGCACAAAGUGCAAGCGAAGCUUCACCACAGAAGCUGCAUUGAAGAAUCAUGAGGAGAAAUCACACAGUGACCCAGUUAUCUGCCACCUUUGCAACCUGCCAUUUGUACGACAGCACAAUUUGGUAGUGCACAUGAUGCAGAGGCAUGGACAGACUGCUCAGCACCGUUGCACCAGCUGCCGGAAGCCCUUCUUUACCGAGGAAGACCUUGCUGCUCACAAGAAUUUAUGCAAGGGAGACAUCUACCGGCAUUGUGGCCUCUGCAGCUUCAAGGGUGCCAUCUACAAGGAGCUCUGCGAGCACGUAGUGCAGUGCCACCCAGAAGUGCCGCAGUUCAAGUGCGAGACGUGUGGCUUGGUUUCCAUUCACAAGGCCAGGCACAGAGGCCACGUUCGAACGCACCAGCCCGGUUAUAAGCCGACGAAAGUGAAGCACACCUACAAGUGUCCACAGUGCGGCAAGGAGAUGCGGAGCCAGUCGGGUCUGCAGUCCCACCUGAGCUCCCACAACAACAUACGGCCAUUUGCAUGCCUGACGUGCGGGUCCUGUUUCUCGUCCAAGGGUAGCCUCAGGGCUCAUCGCCUCAACGUCCAUGCUUCAACCACUUACAGCUGUGAGCAGUGCCCGCUUACCUGCAAGUCUCUGUUUGCACUUCGCAAGCAUAAGACCCUGAUUCACGGGCAAACCAUAAACUUUCAGUGUGAUCACUGUAACAAACGCUUCACCUGUGAGCGCAAGAAGCAGCUGCACACUGCUGUGGUGCACAUGGGUGACACGGCAUGCCUCGAAGAAGGCCAGAACCCGUUCCCCACGCUCAAGGUAUACCGCUGUACGGAAGCAGAUUGCACCUUUGCCACCUUCAGCCUGUACCGAAGCAAGGCCCAUGCCAUAACCCAUACGGGAGUCAUGCCUUUCCAGUGUACACAGUGUGACAAGGCAUUUGUCGUCCAGGACGAGCUCAAGAGACAUAUAACUCUGCAGCACAACAAGGGCAAGCAAAAGCCUUGUCCUCACUGUGGUCGGGUCUUUGUGUCUGACUCCCGCUACGAGUGGCACCUGCGUCUGCAUGAGAAUAACCAGGGCUUCAAGUGUACUAAGUGCAGCUACCUAUACGAGUCGAAGGCUUACCUGGAGCACCACCAGCAGAAGCAUGCUGAGGAGAACCAGUCUAUCUGCCAAGUGUGCAACAAGACUUUCAAGACUGUGCGAGCCAUGGGCAUCCACGUGACCCACAUGCACCCUGAGGUGGCAAAGAGCCCGUCUCUCCAGGUGCUGCGUUCGCUGCGUUAUCCGCACGGUUGCGACCAGUGCCCCGUGCGGUUCAAGACUACCACUGAAUUGCGGGCGCACAAGCUGUGCCGACACUCGGGCGGUGCAGGCAAGCGGGUCGUCAAUGCCGAAAGGAACUUCGAGUGCCACUUCUGUGGCAAGGCCUUCAAGCACAACUGCGCACUGCAGACGCAUCUUCGCACCCACACGGGUGAGCGGCCGUUUGAGUGCCCACACUGCAGCAAGGCCUUCACCAUCCACCAGACGCUCAAGGACCACAUUGUCAGCGUGCACACUAAGGACUUCAAGCUGCACUGUCUGCUCUGUGGUAAGGGCGUCGUCAACAACACGAAGCUCAAGCAGCACCUUCAGCACGCACACAAAGCCGUGCCUAAGCCUACCUUGCCCCUCUCCGCUCGCACCAAGGCGGGAGUAGACAAACCAAAGGCACCUCGUGCACCGGCGAAGAGGGCAGAGCAACCGCAGCUACAGCAACAUCUGCAGCCGCACCAGCUUCACUUGGCACCCAUCGUAUUCGUAGAAGAACAGAAUCCAGAGAUAGGCGAAGUGUAUGUGGAGCAGGAGGUGGUGACUGCCACGGAAACAGCCAUGGUUGUCGAGGACCCCAUUAAGCUGCUCACAUCUUUCUUCUGAGCAACAUGUGUUUGUGAAGAGAGUACGUGAUGUGUGUUUGCCAGGGGCCCCAUCAAACUCGGAACAUCUUUCUUCUGAACAGCUUCUGUGCUUGCAGACAUACAUCAUAGGAGCUUGUUAUGGACUCCAUCAAACUCAUCAUGCCAUUGAAACAAUGUGUGUUUUGUGAAAAAGCACUGUUAAGGAAAGUGCCUGUUGUUUAACAGAAACUGACAGACUUCUGAAUGGUUUGCAAGAAGUGGUCUGUAAAGCUGUGUACAAUCUGUUUGUAUAGAGUUCGUACUAUAUUUUGUGCCUUGCUUGAGUGCAAGGGAAGUUGUACAUAUGUUUGCAUGGUCACUGGAUACAUUAGAGUAUAGCAUGCCUCUUUGUUUCGUUGCAGUCUGAGAGGUAAAGUGCACUUUUUAUGGCAACAUAUUAUACCAGCAUUUAUUAACCACAAAUACCUUAAAGUGCUAUUGAUUUUGUUUGUUUCUUGAUUUUGUAGGGGAGUUCUGAAUUAUACCAACCUAACAAAUUACAAUUGCUCCAUCAAUGUUUCUCUCUGGCAAGGUAACUGAGUUACAAGGCAGUGGGGUUACUGUCUGAUGUCAAAUUUUAUGCAUGAUACACUGUAAAAUAUGAGCUUGUAGAGCUUAUUUGUGUCUUCAGGUACAACUGUUCUUGGAUGCGCGAAUAUGAGCAUGGCUUAAUGCCUACGCCAACGAAACAUUUCAGAAAGGCUGACUUUUAUUGAGUUGCAAUGGUUUGCAAUCUUUAGAAGACAUCCAGAAAUUUGUGUGACCUGCUGACCAUGCCAAAUUGAAUUUCGAAACUUCAAGCAUUGUGCUUGUCCCCAAACUGCGACCUGUACUUUUUUUUUGUACGGAAUAACACAAUAGGAGUGUUCGUAAGAAGUGCUGGUCUAACUGGGACGUCAAGCUAAAAACAAGAUCUAAGAACUUAUGCUGUAACCUUCAGUUUCUCUAUCACAAAUUUCCAGCGCAACAUUGUUGACAUCUAAUUUCUUUCAUUAGUGAGAAAACUGUUUAGCCUUCAAGCUCAUUGCCUCACUCUCGUUUAUCCCAUAAUUUUUCAAAUGUUUGUGAAGUUGGACGUCACUUGAAAGCCAUGCGUACCUCUCUAAUCUGCCAAGUUGCUAAGCCAGAACCCGUUGCAGCAAGAAAAUGGUAUUGCCAGCCGUCCACCUAUAGACCGUUAUGCAACUGAAGUUUGAACUGCUGGGAAGACGACACGUUCACCUAACUUAUGCCAUAUGGCCAACCUAGCGCAAUCUGUCUGCACUUUUCCUUUAGCUUAAUUUUAUGCAGAGCGUCCUUUAGGGAAUGCAAUACACAAAAGGUAUACCUUUCGAGUGAUCCAAGGGGUGAGCAGAUGAGCUUUGCUAAAUUUGGGUGAGUGAAAGCAUGUGCUUUUAUGUACUACUUGAAUAGUUGAAGUACUGUCGGCUACUGCUGUCUUACCACAACAGCAUUCAAUGGCUCAUUCAACACUUUUCUCUGGCCUGCUGUCUGACUAUGGUGUGAGCACAGUUACUGUUCCCACUAGAGGCAUAGCUUUCUAGUUUCCAUCCAAAAAAUUUAGGUUUUCUGAUGCAUUCAUAUCACAAGCUAGCAUUAUCACAUCUGCUCAGAUGUUCACCAGACUCCCUGUACUUUCUGGCGACGUUGACUGCCAGACACAAAUGGCAUGAUAAAGUGUGUUGAAUAUCUCCACUUUAAAUGUUCUAGCAGAUGCAGUUCACGGAAGUGCGUAAUCUACCUUCAUGCAGCUGCUUUUCAGCAAUUUUUCUAAAAACUACUUUUCUGUGACGUAUUCUUUGAAAAAAUAUAUAGAAAAUCCGGUGUUAAACAUUCAUUACAGAUUGACUUUCUUCCCUUUAAUUGCAACAAAUUUGGCUUAUUAAAUGUAAUUUACAACGUCACUCACUUGGAUUGCAUCAGUGGCACCUGGCAGAGGGUCAGGAAUAACAGAAGCUCCCUUGUGUGAAUCAAAGUACACGCUUGCAUGUGCGUAGUGCAUGCACUAUGCGAAAUAGACAUAUAUAGAAUGUUUCUAAGUGGAAUGGUGUAUAUGUGUUUUGCUCACGACUGAUAUGAGCUUCCAUGAUAAAAACACAGCCACAACUCUCAUUUCAAUCUGUACCCUGUCGCCAUAAAGUGUUUGUCGAACUGAGCCACGCUAUCAAUGAAUAGAAUAAUCCAGUGUGUGAGCUGCAGCCAUAUGCUGGCUGUAGCAGACAUUAUUUGCGAGUAGCACAGGAAUGAAGAAUGUGCAUCGGGACUAAAUUUUUAGCUUGAGCAUAUGUGCGGCACCUAAAAUAUGGGAGGUCGAGGAGCCACAUGCCUUUAUUUAUCUUUAUUAUGGAUAGCGAGUUCACAUAUUCACCGUCCCAAGUACGAUGUCUUUUGCUGUAUAGUUCGUGCUUGUUCUUUUUUGACUUUGUGGCAAAGAGCCAGCUGCCAGACCCAUGGCAGCCAUUUGGUGCGAGAAGGUUAUUGUACUCAUUAUCAGUUCAAAUAUGCAAACAGCACAUUUUAUGUUCAUCCAGAUCAUCUCAUUUUCACAAACACAGUUGCUUCGUUAUAAAACACCGGGUGUAUGAGAAUAUUGAAAUUAAAGUUUCUAAAGCCA